AUGGAAGGGUACUUUGACAGCUUGAAUGAUCCCUUGAGUGAUCCGCUCACAUUGUGGUUGACGGGAGGACCUGGCGUAAGCAGCUUGGUUGGUUUAAUGCUGGAAUUAGGUCCCUGUCGCAUCAAGACCGGAGGCAAUCACACAGAGAGAAACCCUUCUUCUUGGACAAGAAACUCAUCGAUGAUAUUUGUCGACCAGCCGGUAGGAACAGGGCUUUCAUAUGUGGAUUCUCGCCUGGAUAUCCCAACAACUUCCGAAAUUGCUGCAGAAGAUAUGCAUAUCUUUCUGCAAAUCUUCAUGACGGAAGUCUUUCCUGAACGCCGACAUACCCCUUUUCACAUAGCAGGCGAGAGUUAUGCUGGGCAUUAUAUUCCUACCCUGUCACGAGAGAUACUUCGGCAGAACCAGGUUCCUGAAACGCCAGAGAUUUCACUUCGAUCGAUCCUGAUCGGGAAUGGCUAUGUUUCGCCCCUCGACACUCUCUACGGAUAUUACGAGACUCUCUGCACGACAAAGCCAGGCGUUGACGAGCCCGUUUUCAACCAGACCCGCUGCCAGAUCAUUUCAGAGAAACUACCUAGAUGUAUCAGCAUUUAUGAGGUGUGUUAUCGACAUCCAGACGAGGUUCUAUGCAAAGCCGCGGAUGCAGUUUGUGGCGUCAUAAAGGAACUGUACCACAACGAGUCACAUGCAGGGGGACGUGAUCCUUUUGAUAUCACUCGAACCUGUGAAGUGGACCACUUGUGUUUCUCGCAAACCCUCGAGAUUCAGAAAUACAUUAAUAAGCCUAGCACUUGGGCCGCUCUUGGUGUUCCGGAAGCUGUCCGAAAUUUCUCCAUUGAAUCCAAGGAAGUUGCUUCCGCGUUCGAGGCUACCACUGAUCUGUACAGCAAUGUCAUGGAUGAUAUCAAGUACACAUUGGAGCAUGGAGCGGACGUGUUGAUAUACAACGGGAACUUGGACCUUGCAUGCAACACCGCGGGUAACUUAAGGUGGGCGGAUGCUCUACGUUGGAAUGGACAGGCACCGUUCACUUCAGAAGAUCUGAAACCUUGGUACUCGAACGUAGGUGGUAGCAAAGUCAAGGCGGGGAGUUUCAAGGAAGUCUUCGCCUCAGUCCCCAACGGGGUCUCUGGCAAACAGCGCUUCGCGUUUGUCACGGUAGAUAAAUCUGGGCAUAUGGUGAGUGCAAAUUGUGAUAGCAGCUGA